AUGGCCGCUGGUUACAACGAGUUUUUCAAUCCAAAUCUUUGUCACGUUUGUAAACGAAGAUUCGCGGGCAGGUUGAUAGUAUGCAAUCAGUGUUACAUGAUUUCUUACUGCAGCGAGAAGCACAAAAUGCAGCACUGGCUGGAACACAUGAAUAUCUGCAAAUCAAUAGCGAAGUAUCUCGUAAAAAGGCCGCAAGACAACAAUAAUCGCUAUAAAUCGGCCGAAUGGUUAGCGCUGAGAAAAUUCCUCAUCGAAUUAGUCCAGAAGGAUUUGAAUCGCGAACUGCUGACGAACGAGAUGCAGAUGCUCAUCUGCCGAAGAUCGUGCCUGAUCUGUCAUCAACAGGCUGAACUGCGGACCUGCGAGCACUGCUGUUCCGCCGAGUUUUGUAACGAGCACGCGGAAGAGUUUCGCCGGCAGCAUGAUUUGUCCAGUUGCGAGGAGCUACUACUGUUGCUCAAUCUGAAUAUCGCGGUCCUCCGAACCUCCGCGAAUUGUCUACAGCUGCAAUUCAAUAACAUUCCUAAUCAAUCGAUACCUUAUCAUGACACGGUUUCAUUUGUCUCAGGCUAUGUGCUGCCGGCGAGAAAACUGAUGGGAACAGGUCGGGAGUGGAUCGAUACCGACUUCAUCUACACCGAUUACAUAUCGGGCCCGCUGACGCUCCAUUAUGCCAUGUGGGAGACGAAAUUAUUAAAUCUUCUGAAUACGAACAGAAGCGACGUCUUCACUGUUCACGUCAUAGCUGCGAGCGCCGUCGACAAAGACGGUGUGGCAGCUUGGGAAUUGUUUCUGCACUUUGCGACUAAAACACGAGUACUGCUGAUCGUUAUGAUCGGCCCGGAAUUAACGCUCGAUUAUGAUAAUGUAAACAUAUGCAGAGCUUGCCAAUUACAUAGACGAAUCCUUCGCUAUGAAUGUUAUCCGAUGCUGUACCACGACUACGCGAUCAAUGAGGUGUACAGGAAACCGGAUAUCAUUGUGGGUUUUCAAGCGGAACUCGACGACAAGGAGACAUGGCUAGCGUCUUUAAGGAAGUUACAGGAUCAAAACUGUCCGUUAAUAUUAACUGCUACAUCACUGCGUAACAUGCAAGAUGACAUAACUACGAUAAGAAAUGUUCUGGGUAUAACUCUGAGGCCUGAUUUUAUGAAGGAAAAUAAAUUUACUGCUUGCAGGCCGUACAAAGAUUUGCAGUACGAUUGCGUGAGUUAUCGUAAUCAAUACGUGGUGGUUUACGAGACGUUACAUCACCCGAAUGGAGUCAGUAACUCUUCUUUAUGA